CCCGGUUCGUUGUAAACGGGAAACCAACCGGAAGUCAUCGUUUCAUUGCAUUGCGACGAACCCCGAACGCACCGAAAGAUUAUUUACAUCUUCAGCCUUCGCUCUAAACUCCUCACAUUCUAUCAAAGCCUCUGGGACCCUCAUCUCAGCGAGAAUGACCGAUAGAUACAACAUCCACAGUCAACUGGAGCAUCUUCAGUCUAAGUACAUCGGUACAGGACACGCCGACACGAGCAAGUGGGAAUGGCUGGUCAACCAGCACAGAGACUCUUACUGCUCCUACAUGGGACAUUUUGACCUGCUCAACUACUUCUCCGUCGCUGAGAACGAGAGCAAAGCCAGAGUCCGCUUCAACCUGAUGGAGAAGAUGCUCCAACCAUGUGGACCCCCAUUAGACAAACCUGAUGAUGCAUAAAUUACACUGGAGUGAGCUGUGGAGGUUUUUACACGAUGUUUGUGCUUUUCUUUUUUUACUACAAAUGUUAAAGAAAGUAAAGUAAGAAACGUUCUAAACAGUUUUUAGAAGAGAUGAUGGAAAAGACGGUGGUGUACUUCCAUCUGUUGAAUAUUGUAUUGACUAAUGGAGCUGUGUUCUGUGUUGAAAUUUCUGUUUUGAUUUAAUUAAAAUUCACGUGUUACCGUU